ACCCAAGUGAGCAGAGGACGUGCAGCGGCCACUCAGGGUACCUCUUUGGGGCCAAGGAAGGAGUGCGACCUGAAAAUCAUGCCCAGGCUCCCCCCUGUCCUGCAGCUGCUCCAAGUGCCUGUGAAGCAUACAGUGGUUCCCAAAGCCCACCUCUCAGCCAAACCAGCCAAAACCCCUACUUCCGCCAUGGAGCAGGCCGUGGGGCUCAGUGUCACGUUCGUCGGCUUCUUGGUUCCUGCAGGGUGGAUCUUAUCCCACUUGGAGAGCUAUAAGAAAAGCUCCAUGGCAUAAAGCAGCACGGCCCUCAACAUUAAACUUGUCCAUCGUGCUCGUGU